AUGCGAUUUGUCUCGGCGGCUCAAGCGACUGCAGCUGAGCACUUUGUGCAAUGCACGUCUGGUCCAAACGAGGGACAGUGGACCUGUAAAUUGUGCACCGGAAGAACGUUCAAAGACAAAGUCAAACAUAGCAAAUUAAAAACACAUAUAGACCGAGUACGACUCGAGCUUGAAAGAGUCUCUGCGGCUCAGUCCGCAACGGCAACUCCGGGUUUAUGCCCUCGCACCACAGUGCCGAACGUAUCAACAUCGUCAAGUUCGAUGUUUCCUGAGGAGCAGAAUAUACAAGCGGAUAUGCCAGACAGCCAUCACCACAUGGAUCUAUCUGAUGAUGGCCUGGCCGAAAGCUCCGAUGAGCUUGCAUCAUUAUAUGAUCCAUCCGCUCCGAAUGGAUUUGAGGAUUGGUCUCAAGACAACAGAGAGUCCAGUGUGGACAUCGACUCUUUCCUUGAAAGCACUUCCAACGACUCCGAAAGCAAUCCACGCCCACCAGUGGAUGUUGAUGCCGAACCUGCUGGGACCGACACAUGGCUUCCGUGGUACCCUUUGCGAAAGCCAGAGGUGGGCGAAUUUGGCAAGCCCCCCGUGUUUCACGCGGCUGCUCUAAUGAUGUUGGGCACCGGGCGCAACCUUAUGUCUACCGCCGAAUACAACCGCAUCCGCGCAAUUUUGAAGAGAGUUCUUAAAGUGGAUUUGCCUGAUCUCGGCCACAUUAAGAGUGUUCGCAAUGAACUUAAGGCUCGCUUCGGCCUGCGGGUGUUAGAAAGAAUCAGCCCGCUGGGAAACCCAUGUUUCACUCUCUCUGUUUGUGAUAUCAUAUCACAAGAGCUGGCCAACCCCGAGGUUGGCCCCCAUAUAGAAUUCUACCCUGAAACAGACAAAGGUGUCACGGUGGACCGUUAUUCUCAAUCAAAGAAGUGGCGUGAAGACCUGCUGCCCAGCCUUCGAGCGCCAAUGGUUGAUGUGGAUGGGGAACACUUUUACAUAUAUGAACCCACCCAGCUGGAAGACUCACGUGUGGUUGUUCCAAUUUUUUUUUAUAAACAUGACCUGGCUAUCCGGGCAAAGUGCUUAGAGUUAGAGGUGGUAGAAGGCGCUCCGGAUUUCUUGAUUCCGUCAGAGCCCAAAUUUGACUCAGACGCAUUUUUAGACAUAAACGUCAAAUCAUUUGCAACAUCAUUCCUGCAAAUCAAAUUGUGGAAUGGGCAUAAAUGUGCCAUUUGA